AUGAAGUCCGGCCAUCCUCCACACGGUAUAUGUGCGCCCCAGUGCCAUCCAGCAUCAGGACGCUCACCAGGUGGUGGCACGCUGGCAGGGACAAAACCCGAACAGGCUGAUGACCGCCUCUAUAAGGGGGCGGAUAUGCAAUACCACAAAUUAAAGACAGUUGGUAGGUACUUAGAAGGCAAACGGGUAAGAGGCCAUUUGAUGUUAAGUGUAAGCGAUCCCUGGACAGGGACACUCCCUUUAAGAUUGUUGAGUCAUUUCAUGAAGAACCCUUAA